AGGAAGAAGACGAUCGCGAACGGAUCAACGAUGAAGACGACGUAUACGCAGACGAUCGGCGAUUCACCGGAGCUGUGUUGUGAGUCGAUUACACCAACGGAUUCAUGGGAGACGAGAAUUGAUGCUACCUUCGACAAAUGGUAUCACAGAAUCAGCGAACUACUAGAUACACACGAUUCGAAGAAAAAGGAACCAGUCGCAGAGAGAUUCGUGGAGAUUCCUGUGUUCUAUGGUGAUGAUGAUUUGCGACCAUGGAUGGAUUGGAUGGAGAAUCGAUUUGCGUCCGAAGAUUUCACCGAUGAUCAGAAGAUGGCGAUGGCUUGCGGUUUCAUCAGAGGAGAUGCUGAGUCUUGGUAUUACAAGCAAAUCUCACGGUUUCCUUUUCUAGAGUGGGAUGACUUGAAGAGAGCGAUGUUGAUUCAGUUUGGAAACCUUGGCGAUUCUGAACGCAUUAACAUUUGCUUGGAUCUUAAACGAUGGUUGUAUGAAGAAGAAUCUCAAGCUACGUCAGGAGAAACCUCAAACUCAGUAGCAGCAAUGGAGUCCCUUGAUAUGAAAGCCGAGAUUAUAUCCAACUCAGUUUUUCUUGCAACAGAAGUUAUUGAUACAAAGUCGUCAACUCAAACGAUAGAAGUUGUUAACGAUGGAGUGAUUCAGAGGAUGGGUGAAGAUGAUGAAGAGUUGCAGAAACCACGAGCAUUUGUUUCACUUGAAACAGAGUUGCUUAAGAGACAAAUGAUUCCAGAGGAAGAAGAGCUUGAUUCACAUGAGCCAACAACUUCAACCUUGCCAUCUGAUUGUGUUCCAGCACCUGCUCUGGUGGAGAAUUCAUUCGUUGAGGACCUUUCUUCAGUAGUUUGGGUGUCUUCCGAGGACUCAGUGAAUCAGUUUCAGUCCUAUUCUGGCCUUGUUGUUGAUACUCUGUCUUUGGGUUCUGACAGUGGUAGGUUAUAUGCUCAUCAAGAUGAAGCAAUCUAUACCCUCACAAGCUCUGAGAUAGAGGACUUGGUACAAACAUCAACAUGUGUAAAAGAGAAGCUACAUGUACAAAAAUUGUUUGUUCCAGUGCUUAGAAGGGUACAAGGCAAGAAGAAGAAGCAAAAGUACCAGAAAAGAUGGAAGUUUAAGUUCAAGAAGAGAUCAUGGGAAAGAGUGUUCUUCCAAGAGCUCUUUGAUGAAUUUUCCGUGGGUUUUGGUUGUGGUAGCUUAUGGGAAAGAGUUGAGUUGCUGACAAGGCCAAUAUAUGUCACUAUGAGACGUUUUGCACACCAAUUAUUCAACAAAAUGUUUUUGGACUUGAGAAGAGAGAAGAUACAAAAUGUGCAGAGAAAAUUACAGAAAUCAUGGAGGUUUAAGUUCAGACGUAGGCCUGGAUUGCACUUGCAACGUACAUUGGCAGACAAUCCGUUCUUAUGGCAUGGUUCUGAAGCAGUGGAAACUCUUUCACAAUUUGGGUUUGGCAUAGUUCAGCUCUGCCUUAUGAGCAACAGAGUGACGUGGAGGAGACACGAGACUGAUUCUUUUGAGCCUGUUUCAGCAUGUAGGCAGUGGAGUGGGUUGAGUUCUGAAUUUUAGGAUACAGAUUUAUGGAGCAGACAUUCUGGAACUAUGACUGAAGCUUAUGGUGCUGUUAGGACUGCUGUUGUGAUGAGUGAAAAUCACAUGUUACUGCUACUGUCCAACUUGUGGAGGCAAUCUUGUGUCAAAGGCUGCUUAGCUACACAAGGUAGCAGCAAUGAUUGGUUGUUCUGUCCACUUACAGCAGACACAUCAAGCUGGUGCAUUCGAGCUACAACAGGUUCCAUAUCACAGUUCAUGCCAUUAGAUAAGGAUGGUGCUGAUACUGAUUUGUGGUUGCAACUUGACAAAGACAUGUUCCGUGAGAAGUUUCACCUGAAGCAUAGGUGGAAGAGUAAAGUUCUACAUCAGAAACUCAUGAUAUAUUGGAAGAAAAUCAAGGAAAGGGACGGGUUUGCUAAUGCGGAGACAACACGUUGCAAGCUUGAUGCAGUAUGGACAGACGGUGUGGGCAUGUUGUUACAAGAACGUGAAGUUGUUUACAAGCUGGAUCUUAAGGCUACUCAUGUUAGAAUGGUGGAACAAGUUUCAUCAGAACAGAUGCUACAAAGUCAGGUUCAAAAACAACAAAGGAAGAGAAAGUUUAUGAAGUGUUGGAUGUUCAAAUACAGGGAGACAAAUAUACAACUUGUAUUCUUGGAGUUGUUGGAGGUGGAUUCACAAGCAGUGGCUGUCAUGAGUUCUAAAAGACACUUGCAUCAGUUGACUAUGGCUUGCUACAGGUGUGACUAUCACAAGCUGAUUUUUCUGUCUGAGCCGAGCCAAGAAGAGCAUAACGAUCAACUGGAAUCUGCAGAUUGUGGUGUCACAAACCCACAGUCGUAUGAGUUGAAGCAGUGUAGCUACAGUGCAGCAGUUAUUAUGGUGCUUCAGAACAACAAUACUCCUUAUGGUACUGCAAAGAUACUUGUACUAGCGCUAGAAUCUGUUACACGGACUGGGUAUAAAGCUGCUUGAAUUCCGGUGUUGCUUGCUAGGUUUCAAAGCACACAACAUCAUUCUGCUAUGUCACAGCUUAUGGUCAUGUUUCUCAGUGAGCUGUCUACACAGGCUUCAGAUGAAUUGUAUGACAUCAGUCUUCAUCGAGGCCGCAGAUGUAUCCACCGGAUGAAGCAGAUCACAAUGCAGCACAGACGUCAUGAUGCUGAGGAGAAGAGUACAUGUCAUAUCAGCUUGAGGGCAAGCUGAGUCUUCACAAAGGGGGUAUUGAUAUGACCACAUAAGCUAAUGACGUGUUAAGUGAGAAGCUAAUGAUGACCUGUCACCUGCAAGUGAGGAGAAGAAACGGUUACACUAAGGAAGAUAGUAUAAAUAGAUGGAAUUGUAAUUGAGAAAGU